AUGAAGGCUGUAACUCAAGUGCUCCUUAUCGCUAUGUUCGUCAUUGGGGCGUUUGCAGGGGAGAAGCCUUCUACUUUCAAGCGGCUAUUCUCGAAAGAGAAGAAAGAGCCAUCCUAUUAUUAUGACAGCCGAAAAGAUGACUAUGCCACGUACAAGAAGCCGGGCCAUGACGACAAACAACGUGAUUACUACGACCCCUACCCUUCAGAGCCCGGCUACGACCCCUACCCUUCAGGGCCCGGCUACGACCCCUACCCUUCAGAGCCCGGCUACGACCCCUACCCUUCAGAGCCCGAGGUUCCCAAUGCCUAUACUGGUUACGAAUCGGAAUUAUAUGAUCCUAGGCCUGCCAACCGUCAAGUAGUGAUUGAGUUUACUGGAAAGCUGAAGUUUUAUGGAAGCGGACGGAGGAAAAGCCGUUUACUUAGCAGCAUGGCGAACCGGAACUUCUACUACUAACAUGACUCUUCAUCGGAGGCAGUUCGGCGCAUAUUUUCUGAAAUCAUUAAAGUGGUGUCAAAUAUUCAGUUCUUGUUCUGUGUCUCAGUUACACCAGUAUAGAAGCCGCGUAAGCGUUGGUACCAUACAAAAUAUAAUUGUAUUGAGGGUCGAGUUUAAUGUAACAAAUUCGAUGUCAGACAAAAUUAACCAUGCCUCAAAUUAUGGUGAGUGGGUG